AUGCCGAAGUCAAAGCGCGCGAAGGUCAUACAUCUUACCAAGACGGACAAGAAGGGCAAGGAGCUGUCUUUGAAGCUCUUUGCCAAUGUCCAGGAAGCGGCGGACAAUUUUGAGCACAUCUUUGUCUUCGCCGUAGAGAACAUGCGCAACUCGUACCUCAAGGAACUUCGUCAAGAGUUCGCCGAUAGCCGAUUCUUCUUCGGAAAGACCAAAGUAAUGGCGAAAGCGCUUGGACUCACCCCAGCUGAAGAGCACCUCACCAACCUCUCGGAGCUUACCCAGCAUCUCAACGGCAAUGUUGGACUCUUCUUCACCAACCGCGACCCCAGUGAGAUGAUCGAGUACUUUGCCAACUACUCGCAAACCGACUUUGCGCGCGCCGGUAUCGUUGCUACACAGACCUUCACAGUCCCCGCCGGUGUAGUCCACUCAAGAGGUGGAGAGGUUCCCGAAGACGAGGACGUGCCGCUCCCGCACAGCAUGGAGACCACCAUCAGGAAAUGGGGCAUGCCAACGAGGCUCGAUAAAGGCAAGAUUGUGUUGGAUGUACCGUAUACCAUCGCGGAAGAGGGCAAGGUCAUGAACAGCCAUCAAACAGCGCUACUGAAAAUGUUCGGUGUUGCCAUGGCAGACUUCAAGAUUGACCUCAAGGCCUACUACACCAAGGCGACCGAGUCUGUGACCGAGGUUGGAGCUAUGGAGGAUCAACUCUACGAGCACAUCACAAUAUACCCUAUUAUGUUGGCCCUAUACAUCGCUAGACCUUUUGGCGACUAUUAUACUAAGGUGUUGCUUUUUAGCUUCCCGUUCUUUACCACAAAACUAUCACGACCUGCUACAGCAUCGCUAAUCCAGCUACAAGGCCUCCCACAAGAGCUCCGAAUGUCUCCGGGUGUCGCUGUGCGCGAAGUCCUAACCGACGUAGAGGAGUGUGUUGAGGAAUGCGAGGUUGUAGAGUUGCGCGAUAGCGUUGAAGUCGAGAGUGUCGAGUUGGCCAUAGCGCUAGACAUGGAGAUGAUACCUGAGCUCCUCGACGCCGUGAGAGUGGCUCGAGGUCUCUUGCGCAAGCGCAAGAGCUACAAGGCCAAACAACGCAACGACCACCUUCAUCUUUUACUUUCUGGUCUGGGUACCUAA